AUGGAAGGGAAAGUUAAAGAAGAAGAACCGAAGAGGACGAUGCCAAUGAAGAUCAACAAACUUAAGGAGACACAUCAAGACAUAAGCCAAGAAGACGCUAAACGACAAGAAGCUUACAACAUGUCUCCACGUGUACGUGGUGGUGGUGGCCCGGCGGGUAUGGUGAAGUCAUCGAGCGUGAGGCAAAACUGUUUAUGUGCACCAACAACACACCCUGGCUCCUUUAGGUGUCGUUACCACCGUCGUAACGCUGCACUCGGAAUGUCACGUGGCAUAUCUGUUCCCUCUAACCUUUUCAUGUUGGGAGGAGGAGGCUCUCCUCCUAAGUCCUAA